AGAAAGAACAGCGACCUCUUCUUCUCUCUUCUCUUUUAUCUCUCUCUCUCUCUUCCUUUCUCUUUGGGAGAGAUUUUUAUAAGUUUUUCUUUAAUCUUUGAUGGUUUCCAGAAUUUGCUGAAUAAACUCUCACUACCAGAGAAAGAGAAAGCUAGAGAGAGGAAGAGAAAACGAUAGCUAAAGCUUAAUCUUCUCUUUCUUUAAUUCUCUGCAACUCCAAGGAUCCAAAAGCUUUGGAGAGAGAUAUAAUGAAUAACAAGAAUCAAGAACUGAUAUGGGUCUAGCAACUACAACUCUUCCUCAUCAUCAUCACAAGAUUCUUGACAACAAUUCAGAUUCUAUGUCCCAAGAUUAUCAUCAUCACCAAGGAAUCUUUUCCUUCUCCAAUGGAUUCCACCGAUCAUCAUCUUCCCAUCAGGAAGAAGUGGAGGAAUCCGCCGUCUCCGGAGCUCCGAUCCCGGUUUAUGAAACCGCCGGAAUGUUAUCUGAAAUGUUUAGUUACCCUGGCGGCGGCAACGGUGGCUCCGGCGAGAUUCUUGAUCAAUCUACUAAACAAUUGCUAGAGCAACAAAACCGUCACAACAACAACAACUCAACUCUUCAUAUGUUAUUACCAAAUCAUCAUCAAGGCAAUUAUGGUUUCACCAACGAGCAACAUCACUUCACAUGGCCAUCUUCCUCCGAUCAUCAAAGUCAAGGAGAGAUGAUCGGUACCUUACACGUGGAAGGUGGAAAAGGUUUAUCUUUAUCUCUCUCAUCUUCAUUAGAAGCAGCAGCAGCAGCUAAAGCAGAAGAAUAUAGAAGCAUUUACUGUGCAGCCGUCGAUGGAACUUCUUCUUCUUCCAACGCAUCGGCUCAUCAUCAUCAAUUUAAUCAACUCAAGACUCUUCUUCUUGAUAACCCUUCUCAUCAACAUCAAGUUGUUGGACAUUUUGGGUCAUCAUCAUCUUCUCCAAUGGUGGCUUCUUCCUCCAUUGGAGGGAUCUAUACGUUGAGGAAUUCCAAGUACACUAAACCAGCACAAGAGUUGUUGGAAGAGUUUUGUAGUGUUGGAAGAGGACAUUUCAAGAAGAACAAACUUAGUAGGAACAAUUCAAACCCUAAUACUAGUGGUUGUGGCGGUGGAGGAGGAGGCGGCGGAGGUGGUGGUGGAGGGUCAUCUUUGUCUGCCGGAGCAGCCAAUGAUAAUCCUCCUUUAUCUCCGGCUGAUCGAAUUGAACAUCAAAGAAGAAAAGUCAAGCUACUCUCUAUGCUUGAAGAGGUGGACCGACGGUACAACCACUACUGCGAACAAAUGCAAAUGGUAGUGAACUCGUUCGACCAAGUAAUGGGCUACGGUGCGGCGGUUCCGUACACGACAUUGGCCCAAAAGGCAAUGUCUAGACAUUUCCGAUGUUUGAAAGAUGCGGUAGCGAUUCAGCUUAAACGCAGCUGUGAGCUUCUAGGGGAUAAAGAUGCGGCCGGCGGUGCAUCCACCGGGUUAACUAAAGGUGAAACGCCACGAUUGCGUUUGCUAGAGCAGAGUUUGCGUCAGCAACGUGCGUUUCAUCAUAUGGGUAUGAUGGAGCAAGAGGCUUGGAGACCGCAACGUGGUUUACCUGAACGCUCCGUUAAUAUCCUUAGAGCUUGGCUUUUCGAACACUUUCUUAAUCCGUACCCAAGCGAUGCUGAUAAGCACCUCUUGGCUCGACAGACUGGUUUAUCCAGGAAUCAGGUGUCGAAUUGGUUUAUAAAUGCUAGGGUUCGUCUAUGGAAACCAAUGGUUGAAGAGAUGUAUCAACAAGAGGCAAAAGAAAGAGAGGAACAAGAAUUAGAAGAAAAUGAAAAAGAAGAUUAUCAACAACAAAGAAGACAUCAACAAACAAACAACAAUAACAACAAUGACACGAAACCCAACAAUGAAAGCAACUUCACUCUCGUUCAGACAAUAACUGCACAAACUCCAACAACAGCGACGAUGACAUCGACACCUCACGAAAACGACCCUUCAUUCCUCCCUUCUUCCUCCUCCGUCGCCGCCACUUCUCACGGCGUUUCAGACGCUUUCACCGUCGCCACGUGUCAGCAAGACGUCAGUGACUUUCACGUCGACGAUGGUCAUGUGAACGUCAUAAGAUUCGGGACCAAACAGCCUGGUGACGUGUCGCUUACGCUUGGUCUACGCCACGCUGGCAAUAUGCCCGAUAAUAAGAACCCUUCUUUCUCCGUUAGAGACUUUGGAGAUUUUUAA